GCCAGAGGGGGGAGGCAGAAGCGCCUCCUCCCCGCCGGGAGCCGAGGCGGCGGCGCAGGGGGAGGAAGGCGCCUCACCUUGCCCCCGAUGAGGGGCGGAUCCUGCCAUGGCAGCGCCGACGAGCGAUAGCGGCGGCGGCGGCGCCGGCGAGCGGAGCCCAUCCAGCAGCCCCGGGAGCUCCACAGGAGCCGGGGGCACCGCGGCGGGAGCUCGGGACGGCGGGGACGCGGGAGCCCGGAGCGCCACGGUGACGGUCUCCGGCCUCCCUCCGCUCGAGGACUACGAGUGCAAAAUCUGCUACAACUACUUCGACGCGGACCGGCGCGCGCCCAAGCUGCUGGCGUGCCUGCACACCUUCUGCCAGGAGUGCCUGAGCCAGCUGCAGCUCCGCGCCGCCGCCGCCGCCACCGCCGCCGCCGCCGCGCCUGAGCGCCCGCUGCGCCCGCCGCCCUGGCACGGCCCGCCCGGCGCCAUCGCGUGCCCCGUGUGCCGCGACGCGGCCCACGGGCCACGCGCCCGCGCCGGCCUGCGCGCCCCGGGCGCAUACGAGAGCUGCCAGAACUGCAAGCGCGCCGCGCUCACCGCCGGCUGCGUGUGCGUCGUCUUCUCCUUCCUCUCCAUGGUGGUGCUGCUCUUCACCGGCCUCAUCUUCGUCAACCACUACGGCGGCGGUGGCGGCGGAGGACCCCCCGGCGGCGGAGCGCCCCCUGGCGCGGCCCCAGCGGCUGGGUCGCCCUCGCCCUCGCCCGUGGGGCCCAUCUGCCUGUCGGUGGCCAGCAUCUUGGCGCUCUUCUCAGUCGUCGUCACUUGGGUCAUCUGCUGGCUCAAGUACCGGCCCGACGGCGCUGCCGCGGGCUCGGCUGGAGGCGGCGGCGGCGGCGGCGGCGGCGGCGGCCCGAGGGCGCGGGCGGCGAGCGGCCCGCGGAGGAGCGACACGUAGCCAGACCGCAUGCCGGCCACCUGCCCGCACCUCCAGCCGCGCGCGGCCCGAGAGGAGGGGGCCACUGGCUCGGUGCGCUCGAGCUUCUCCGCCCUCUCCCUGCGGACCCCGGACGCGCACCCCAUCGCCGCCCGGCCACUGCAGGGCCUGGGGUUUCCUCCUCUCGGGCUCUCCACGUCCCGCCUCCUCCGCGCUGGGCCAGAGAGGGACAUCGAGGAGGCGGAGAUGCCUGUUGGGAGUCCAUCUUCCCGGUCUGUGCAAGAUCCAUCUCCGCUUCAUGCAGCAGCUUCAUCCUCGCCAGCGUGGGCAGCCGUCCCUCCCCAGAGUGCGAGGAUUUGCGAAGAGAAGAGGAGAGAGGAGUGGAACCCCCGUCGCCCCGCCUGAAAGGUGGUUUUCUGGCUGCGGUGACUUUAGAGUUUCUUUAAGAGUAUAGGUGCGCGCGCGCACACACAUCUGCAGCAGUUGUGAGUGGCCUUGAAUUGUCCAGAGGAAGAAUGAAUGAGAUGUAAACGUGAGAGAAAGGUUUCCUUGCCUCUGGAGGUCCUGGAAAGUGAGUGACCUGGAGCGCUGAGAGUGAUGUACACUCCCCCGGGACACGGCGCGGGCGCGAGUGGGGAGACUGGACGUACCAACCUCCCGCAACUGUCCGCGAUUGGGCAGGUGCGCAGCGCGCGUGCGCUCUCGGGUCCGCUUGCCGUCUCCGCGGUGCAGAGAGGUGGCGCGGCACACGAGGUGAUGAUCUUGCUGCCCAGGGUCUGGCAGAGCCCAAGAGUCCCGGAAACUGGGCUCCUGGAAACUUAAGGUUAUUUCAUUCACGGUGUAACAAUCAGGAAGCCAUUUCAUCUUCUGUAACUGGACUCAGGGAGCUUAAAGAGCCCGUUCUCCCCUCUCCUCUCAAAACUGACUUACUGUUGCCCCCACCUGGAAGAUAUUAAAAGUUAUUCGCGCAGAAUAUAAACUAUAGGCUUCCCCCGCCUCUUUUCUUAAUUUCAUUUUUUAAAUAACUUAUUUUGGAAGAUCCAGAUCUGGAAAUUUUGUGCAUUAAAAUUUCCAGGAAAGUUGUUUGGUAAGCAGUAACAUUUCUCCCAUACCUCCAGUCCAAAUACAUUUCGAAAUUAGGAGCAGAAAAUAAAGCAGUGUUGGUAAUUGAUUCCAGAUUUUAUACUGUGAAACAACUAAUGACUUUCCAUUAUCUGAUAAAAUAGAAAAAUAGUGCCCAAAGAUGAAAUUGACAAGUCUUUCUUCCUUUGAUUAUAAAUAUAUAUAUAUUAUAUAUAUAUAUAUCACAAAAAUAUUAUUUUGAAUUUCGCUGUUUGAUAUUGUUGGAAAUCACUGAAAUGUCCACAACUGAUCACAUGAGAUGAAAAAGAAUAUAUAUCUAUCUGACUUUGUAACUAAAAAGAUGGAUUGCAAAUGUAUGUUGCAGGUGGAUUAGAUGCCUUUUUAAAGAGAAAAAAAACCCAACUGUUCCAAAUGAAUUUUAUAUGAAAACAUUCUUUAUUCCAUAUUUUGAAAUUUGGAAUAAGACAAAGUUUUCCUGCUUGAAAAUCACAGAUGCUACUAAGAGUAUGCUAUUAUUCCUUGUGUAUUUAUGCAAGCUGUCUGCAUGACAUCCUGACACUAUUCUAUUAACUGAACUUGAAUGGAGCAUUUGUAUCUGUUAUACAAGUGAAAUAAUUUAUUGGCCAUUGAUAAGUGAUAUGGCUGCAAUUUAGGAAUUGCAAUAUGAUGUG